AUAAGCUGAUGGGUACGUAUCUUUUUCUCAGUUUGCGGGGCAAACACCGAGGACCAGCUUGCUUCCCUUGAGCUACAGUCCAACCAGUUACAACACCAAGCUGCGCGACCUUGCUGCACGAGCUAUUGCAACCCUGCGCCUCACAUUAAUCGACCACUUCAAGCCUUUUCAAUGGUGCAGGAUGGCAGCGUUCCCUCAUGAUAUACCUGCGAUUGCCGAUGAAAAAACGGGGUUUGACCUCAAUGUUCAGCAUGGGCACCAUGACCUUGUUCAAGCGGUAGCAUUCAACGCCUAUGGCGACCGCUGCGCAACAGGUUCUGUCGAUGGAAAGAUCAAGGUCUUCAACCGGUACAAGGAUGGCAUCUGGCAUCAUUGCGAUACUUGGGGUGCACACGGAGGAGAGAUCUUGGAGCUCCAAUGGCUACCCCCGACCGUAUACCCAAACCUCAUCGCCUCCCUCGGCAUAGAAGGCCGCUUCAAGCUGUGGGCGGAAGAUCCGUCAGCAGCACCGGGCCGCCGCUUCAGCGCUAGUAACCGUGCGACGACGAGUAAGGCCGCCUACGAGAUGCGAUCCGCUAAAUUCCCCUAUCGCUCCUUUUCCAUGAAGUACAACGAGGAGACGCGGCACACCUAUCUCGCCCUCCUCGCUUCCGACGGCCGUCUGGUGGUGUAUGAGAACGAACAGCCCGAAAAUAUGUCCGAAUAUACCGCUAUCGACGAGUUCAGCGUCUGCCCGAAGCCGAACCGUGGCGAAGAGAUAAGCUUCAAGGUGCGCUUCGACCCGAACCCGGACCCGUGCUAUAAUGCCCUACGGGCAGGAGUGUCUAGCGACUCGCUGGGACUUGUUGUCGCCGGUAUGUCCUCGGUCAAGAUAUACCGUUCCAGAGACAUCAUUGCGACACCGUACGGCGUACCGCAGACACAGCGCGAGUUCUACCUCGCGGUGGAGGUGGGUGUCCACCGCGGCCUUGUCCGGGAUGUAGCGUGGGCACCGGGAAACAUCAGGGGAUACGACACCAUCGCGACGGCCUGCCAGGACGGGUUCGUCCGUGUUUUCCGGAUCGACACGCCGCACUCGCCUGACGACGGUAAGACGUGGUUCACGACGGAGCUCAUGAAGCACGAGAACCACCACGCACAGGCGUCGUCGAAGGCUGGGCAGCCACACGAUAAGCAUCACCAGUCGGGUCUCACUGUCAGCCUGGCCAAGUCCGGCUCGCAUGCAGAGCGGCACUUUUCGGGGCAGCCGGGGCAGGUGAAGCACAUCUUCAAGGAGGUCGCGAAGCUUGACAGCCACCGCACACCCGUCUGGCGGGUUGGCUUCGACGACGACGGUCAGAUUUUGGCCAGCACCGGAGACGAUGGAAAGCUCGUUUGUUACCGCCAGACCCCGAGUGGGACGUGGGCAAAAAGUUCGGAACUGGCCAUGGUGAAGACAAGGAUGGCGACGCCUUGAAAAAAGUACGACGUAAUACUGUACUAUCAAGUAUAAACGAUAAACAGAUGACCAGUACCGGUGUCUGGCCGACAGAACGGCAACGUCAUUUGGCACGGCUGAAGGGACAAGGAAGGAUGCACACAUCGUUCCAUUCACCAAGGAGCCCGAACUUGCUGUCAAGGUGCCAAAAAGGUUUUGUGGUUUGUCAAACGUACCGGGCACCAGCAAGACCAAUCUUUGACCUGUUUGUCCUAGGUUCGACUUUUUACCA